GUUCUAUUCUACAAUGCGCAUGCGUAGUUCGCUGCUAAGGAAGAAGGGAAAAUGUCUCUUGCGAGCUUUUUACCGGCGCCGACCCAACUGUCACAGGACCAGCUGGAGGCAGAGGAGAGGCUCCGGGCACAGAAGUCCUACUCCACCGCCCUGGUUUCCUCCCGCAGAGAGCCUCCUCCUUACGGGCACAGAAAGGGCUGGGUGCCCCGCUCACUUGAGGACUUUGGAGAUGGGGGCGCUUUCCCAGAGAUCCAUGUGGCCCAGUUCCCUCUGGAGAUGGGCAGGAAGAAAAAGACCUCCAAUGCCCUGGCAGUGCAAGUGGACGCAGAAGGGAAGAUCAAAUAUGACGCCAUCGCUAGACAAGGACAGGGCAAGGAUAAGGUGAUCUUCAGUAAGUACACAGACCUCCUCCCCAAGGAAGUGCUGAACAACGAUGCUCCAGAACUACAGAGGCCUGACGAGGACGCCAUUAAAGAGCUGACAGAGAAGACCCGAGCUGCCUUGGACAAGCAGGUGUCUCAGAAGAUCGCUGCUGCCAUGCCUGUGAGAGCUGCAGACAAACAGGCCCCUGCACAAUAUAUCAGAUACACUCCAUCCCAGCAAGGAGUGGCCUUCAACUCAGGGGCUAAGCAGAGAGUGAUCCGCAUGGUGGAGAUGCAGAAGGACCCCAUGGAGCCUCCACGUUUCAAGAUUAACAAGAAGAUACCCCGUGGACCUCCCUCACCCCCUGCACCUGUCAUGCACUCUCCAAGCAGAAAGAUGACAGUGAAGGAGCAACAGGAGUGGAAGAUUCCCCCUUGCAUUUCCAACUGGAAGAACGCAAAGGGCUACACCAUUCCUCUGGACAAGCGUCUGGCUGCUGACGGCAGGGGGCUGCAAACAGUUCACAUCAACGAAAACUUUGCCAAGCUGGCCGAGGCGCUCUACAUUGCUGACAGAAAGGCCAGAGAGGCAGUGGAGAUGCGUGCCCAGGUAGAAAAGAAGAUGGCCCAGAAGGAGAAGGAGAAGAAGGAGGAGAAACUGAGGGAGCUGGCCCAGAUGGCGCGAGACCGCAGGGCAGGCAUCAAAGGUCAUGGAGAAAAAGGUGGUGAGGACAGUGAGGCCAGGGAGCGUGAAGACAUCCGCCAAGAAAGAAGGAAAGAGAGACAGCACGACAAGAACAUUUCCAGAGCUGCUCCCGAUAAGAGGUCGAAGCUACAGAGGGACCAGGACAGAGACAUCAGCGAGCUCAUCGCUCUUGGUAUGCCCAACCCACGUUCCUCCAGCGAGGCACAGUACGACCAGCGACUCUUCAACCAGAGCAAGGGUAUGGAUAGCGGUUUUGCCGGCGGCGAGGAUGAGACAUACAACGUGUACGACCAGCCGUUCCGCAGCGGCAGAAACAUGGCCCAGAACAUCUACCGGCCCAGCAAGAACAUUGACAAAGACACCUACGCCGAUGACUUUGACACACUCAUGCGCAACAACAGGUUCGUUCCAGACAGGGAGUUCUCAGGUGCCGACCACGGGCAGAGGCGAGAAGGGCCGGUGCAGUUUGAGGAGGAUCCCUUCGGUCUGGACAAGUUCUUGGAGGAGGCUAAACAGCACGGCGGCUCCAAGAGGCCUUCCACCAGCAGCCGCUCCAAGGACGACUACCACGAGAAGAAACGCAGGAAGGAGUGAGAGCAUCCAAGAAAUGGAGGGAGGUUGUCUGCAACAUCUUGGACUUACUAUCCAAAAUCCUCUGUUAAGAACAUUUUCCUCUCAGUUGGAGAGAAAGUGUUACUUUUUUUUCCUUCCUUUUGUUGUACGUGUGAGA